UGUGCCGUACAGAGUUUCUCUCCGACUAAUCAAACCUCUCUUCUCCUGUGUUGGUUUUUCGCGUCUUUCCUCUUUCUCCCUCUCAUAAUCUCUCUCUCUGCAAAUCAAAAUCCCUGGGGGCAAUCAUGAGUAACGAAGGAGAGAAAAGAUGUCCUUUGUGCGCAGAAGAGAUGGACUGGACGGAUCAGCAAUUCAAGCCUUGCAAAUGUGGCUAUCAGGUCUGUGUCUGGUGUUGGCAUCACAUAAUGGACAUGGCAGAAAAAGAUGAGACAGAAGGGCGGUGUCCUGCCUGUCGGACUAUUUAUGAAAAGGAUAAAAUUGUUGCAAUGCAAGCAAAUUGUGAGAGGGCGGUGGCAAAGAAUUCUAGUAGAAAAAGUAAACCACCAAAGGCCAAGCCAAAAACUAAUGAAGUAAGGAAAGAUCUUUCAAAUGUUAGGGUGAUUCAACGGAAAAUGGCCUACGUAAUUGGGCUACCUCUUAACCUUGCUGAUGAAGAUCUCUUACAGAGGAAGGAAUAUUUUGGUCAGUAUGGGAAAGUUUCUAAGAUUUCUCUAUCUCGGACAGCUGGUGGGGCAAUCCAGCAUUUCAUUCAUGACACCUGUAGUGUAUAUGUGACUUAUUCAAAAGAGGAGGAGGCUGUACGCUGUAUUCAGUCAGUGCAUGGUUUUGUCCUGGAAGGUAGGUUCUUGAGGGCAUCCUUUGGAACUGCAAAAUAUUGCCAUGCUUGGUUGAGAAACAUGCCUUGCAGUAAUCCUACUUGUUUAUAUUUACAUACAAUUGGUGCUGAUGAAGAUAGUUUUGGGAAGGACGAGGUAGCUGCAGUUCAUACAAGGCAUCGAGUUCAAGAGGUUGCUGGUGCUACAAAUAAUAUGCUUAGGCGCUCAGGAAAUUUCUUGCCACCUCCUGUGGAAGAGAUGACCACUAGCAGCAGCUCCUUUAUAGGCAAAUCUACUGCCAAAAGUUCUUUCAGUGAUUCAGUCUAUGGUGGCCACUUGGCUGGGGGCCUUGGGGUGCCCAACAAGACAACUUUUGUAGAUAUUGUUGGACGGUCUAGUAGUUCUGGUCCAGAGAAAGAUGAGAAUAAUGCUGAGGAUAGAAGGAUAUUGGAUUUAUGUUCUGAUUUAUCUUCAGUAGCCACAGAUAAAGCUAAUCAUGUCGAGGAUACAUAUUCAAGUUCUUCGCCUUAUUCAUCUUGUGCUCACCUUUUUGAUAGACUACCCUUGGAUGGAGAGUCAACGGAGUUCUUGGAUGAGCCAUUUGGUGAAGAUAGAAUGCCUUCUGAUAACUUACUAUCAAAGGAUAGCAAUUUGAGUCAGAGGGCUUGCGUUGAUCAUUCAACUUAUCCUGCACAGGUUUCUGAGGAGUCUGGUGGUCAUUCUCUACAGCAUGGGAGGACUCAUAGUUCAAGUAGUUUCAGCAUGGACCAAAGUUCUGUACAUAGCCUUGAAGAUGAUGCCUCUUUACCAUUUACAUGUGUAAAUUCUGUAUUAAAUGACCACAGGCAUGAGUUGAAAUUCCAGACUUCUGUCAAAUCAGAUAGGAUUUAUCGGAGUUCUAACUCCUUCUCUAAUGAAGAAAUUGUGGAGCAUUUGCGAAGGAUUGAAGAUGAGAACUUAACUAAUGAUGAUGAAAAUUGUGUUUUAGAUGCUGUCGAGAGCAGUAUUAUCUCAAAUAUUUUGUCAAUCGACCUAGAUUCAUGUGAUGAUUCCUUGAGCUUGCCUCAUGGUUUAACUGAUUUACUCCAUGAAACUGAUGACCAACGUGGUUCAUCCUGGAAUUCUUUUACUAGUGGCGAAUCAGGGUUUCUGUUUGCAAAACAAAACGGCUUUGCAGGUCAAGCAGCUAACUUUGAGCCUUACUACAGUAACCUUGGUCAGGUGCCACAAAAUUGUACUACCAAGGAGCAUUACUUGUCUAAGCCUCAGCAUCCAGCAUGCAGGCCUCCAAGUUUGGUUCCGCCUGGAUUCUCAAUGCCCUCCAGAGAAGCACCUCCUGGUUUCUCUGCAUAUGAGAAGACAGGUGGAUUUCCUCGUACUUCUUCUGGAAGUUUUGUUAAUACUUCAUCAUUGCCAAACAAUUUGCUUCAAAUGCCAUUGGCAGGAAAUAAUGGUAGUAAUUCUGAUAUUGAUUUUCUUGACCCUGCAAUAUUGAGCCGUGGUGAUAGCAAACCAACAAAUGGAUUGAAUAUCUCAGGCUUGAGCACGAGGCCAGCUGUUAAUCAACAGAUGGGCGAAUUUGACAACGAGACGAGACUUCAGCUUCUGAUGCAACAACAGGCAAGGGCUGAUCAGGACUCGAAGUAUUCUCAAAUCUUUUUCCAGCAAACAUCCACGCAUAAAGACAUGGGGUUUCCUGGCCAUACUGGGGUCGAGUUAUCUAGUUCAGGUGAUGUAUAUGGGUGUCCGUCAAGACUGAUGGAUCAGUGUCAAUCAUUUGAAUCUUCUUUUGCACAAUUAUCGCAGCAGAAAUUUGGAAAUGGGUACAUCUCUAAUGGCUAUCAGCAAAGUUUGGAUGAAGUCCAACGGAGAAAUGAAGCUGCCAUUGCAGAACAUCAAAGAAGUGAGAAACUAGGGUUGAACAAGUACCUUUCUGGAUAUGGAGAUUUAAUGUUCCAGAUGCCCAGUUCAGGCGAUGUAUACACCAGAGUAUUUGGGAUGUAACUCUCUUUUAAGUGAUCUUUGAAAUGAAACUUCAUGACUUCUUGGUAACGUCUUCUGUGCAAAACUUGAAUCUUUUUAUCAUAAAAAAUGAACUUGGGGGUGGGAUUGAUCUUUUGAAUUGUA